AUGACUUAUGCUAUUGAGAAACAAUUUCAAGAUGCGUAUACCACUGCGAAAUUCAAAGAGUUUCAACGAGAGCUAGCGGCUAAGAUCUAUUAUGAUUUAUCUUCUUUCAAAGAGACUGAUUCCUGUAUGGAAUUUAUAAUAGAAGAAGAUGUUGUGGUUGGAGAGACUCAUCGUCGUGUUCCUUUUAUGGUUUGCUUUGAUGAAGCAACUUGUGACAUUCGAUGCAAUUGUCGGUUGUUUGAGUUUAGAGGAAUUUUAUGUCGGUAUGCAAUUAUGGUGUUGAUUCAUAAUGUACCAGAAAAGUACAUUUUAAGGUGGUGGAGUAAAAAUAUAAACAGAUGUCAUACCAAGGUUAGGAUAAGUUACAAUAGUUGGAACACCACCCUUGAAGGACAACGAUUUGAUCAGAUGUGUAAUUUAUUCUCUACGGUAGCAGAUUUGGCAUCAAGCAAUGAGGAUGAUUGUAAUAUGGUGAUAGAAAUUAUCAACGAUAUGAAAAACAGAUUGAUGUCGAAUGAAAGUGUUGGUGGAAUUGGUAAAAGACUAAAUGUGUCAACUAGUAGCAGAACGAAUUGUGAAGGUGUUGAUGAUACUACUAAAGAGGGGAGCAGUAACAUUCUUACUCCACGUGCUGUGCGAAGCAAAGGUCGCCCUCCAUUCAAAAGAAAGCAAUCAAAGCUUGAACAAAUUGUUCGUAAAGAGAAGAAAUUGCGAAAGCAAUAA